UCAUUUGCGACCCAAACAAAAUAAAUGAUCAUAAACAUGAAUAUUUAAAAUUAUCAAAAAUUACUAACAAUGAAUGAGAAUUAUUGCAGCAUUUGUCUUAUUUAUGCAUCUCACACUAAUCGAUUCAGUGAUUUUGACGACAAUAACAUCAACUGGUUAACGAAGCUAAAAUCAAUUGUUCCCGAUUUGCAAGAAGAAUCUGAGGAUAGUUUAAUUUGCGAUACUUGUACGAAGCAGCUGAAUGAUUUUUUAACAUUUAAAGAAAGAAUAUGCAAUUUAGUGGAAAGGUUAAAAGAAGUACAAACAAAGCAAGAACAAGAAGAUGAAGAAAAACAUUUCAUUAAUAGUCCAAUAGGUUUAAACGACGAUAGCAAUACUUCAGACUUAGACGAAAAAUUCGAUAGUAAUAACAAAACCUCCAUAAAUAAUGUCUCGAUUAAAGAAGAAUCAUAUCCCGAUAAUAGCAAACAAGAAAACGCUCCUACUUGCAAAAAGUGCAAGGGGGAAUUUAAGAACAAAAGAGAUCUGAAUGUGCACAAGAAAAUUUGUUUAAAGCAAUCCUUCUCUUGUUACACAUGUAAUAAGUCUUUUAACAUAAAAUCAACGUUAGUGUUGCAUCAGAAAAAGUGCGGAGCUGGUGAUAAAUCUAAGAAAAGAGGUAGAAAGUCGACGAGAAGUUACAGUUGCGAAACCUGUGAUCAAGUAUUUAAUUUAGUCAAAGACUUAAUGGCGCAUUGCACGACUACCCAUGGCAUCGAAGAAAGAUCCGUAAAGCCUUAUUCAUGCUGCCAAUGUACGCAAAGAUUUAGAACGUACGCAGGGUAUGACCAACACUUGAAAUACCACAGCAGAAGCCGUGACAACGUAUGCAGUUUGUGUGGUAAACGAUUCAUCACCAAAAGCGAGCUUAUUGUUCACGAAUACACGCACUUCAACCGCCGCAACUACAAAUGCACCACUUGCGCUAAAGCGUUUAAUACGAACAAAAACCUCAAGACCCAUAUACUAGUCGUGCACACGGAUCGCGCGGCUUGGAAGUUCGCUUGUAACGUGUGCGAGAAGCGCUUUCCUCAGAAGGGCAACUACGAUCAGCACAUGAAGAGACACGCCGGGGACAAGCAGUACAUCUGCCACAUCUGUCAGAAGCCGUUCAUCACCAGCAGCGAAUUGAAGAGACACGUUAAUUUGCACACGAACGUCAAGGCUUUCACGUGCGAGUAUUGCCAGAGGGAGUACAAAACGCAGCGUACGCUGAAGACUCACUUACGUAGAUCGCACGAAAUCGGUGAAAAGUUGCCCGAGAAGGAGAAGAGGUUCGUUUGUCACGUUUGUCCCAGUCAGUUUUACGAUAAGCAGAAAUUGCUGAGGCAUUUGUGUUGCCAUUCGGGUGUGAAACCUUUUCAAUGCACGUCCUGCGAGAAGAAGUUCGCUGAUAAGUCGUACUUAAAACACCAUAUGAGAGUUAUGCAUAAUCUUUCGAUGCCUGAUGAAAGUAAAUUCGAUGUUAUACCUGAGGUUAAGUAUGAUAGUAUGAAUGAAUUAAAGUAUGGCGAUGCAAGUGAAUUAAAAUAUGAAGUUCCUCAGCAUCUGAAAUACGAAUUUGAUGGUGUUAAAUGAAUAUUGUAUAUUCGAAAUAUUUUAGAAAUUGUGAAUAUUUGUAGGUUUUAUUGUACUGUGUACUGUUUGUUUUUAAUUAUUUAUAUGAAAGGAUUUUUUUUUCAAUAGUAUUUUGUCGAAGAUACCCUAUUAGAUACAUUUUUAAAAAAGGUUCUAUCAAAUUUUAAUGUAAUGUUUUAAUAAUCAUUCUCCACUAAUAUUUAUAUGUAAAAUAUUUCAUUUUCUCAUUCUAUUCUAUCUAUUAAGACUAUAUUUAUUACUAUUAUUAAGGCAG